CCUCUUUGCUCCCUCUCCUCCUCUUCUCUCUCCCCCCUCUCCUCCCGCUCGUCUUCGCUGUCCUUUCCUCGAUCGACAUCUAGAGAUCAUCAUGCGCCUCGCUCUCGCCGCACUCUCGCUCUUUCCCGUCCUCGCGUUUGCCGAGAUCAGCAUUACCGGGCCCUCGUCUUCCGCGUACUGGGUGCAGAACACGAGCAACACUAUCACCUGGUCUUUCGGUGCGGGUGACCCCAACCCCGUCUCGAUCAUUGUCACCAACAAGGAUAACACGACACUCAACGGCGCAUUCUCAAUCGCCGAGUCCGUCAAUGUCUCCCAGGCAUCUUUUACGACGACGAAUGUCACUCUUCGUCCAGGAUCAAACUAUCAGGUCGUUUUCGUCAACUCGACCAACUUGACCCAGGUAUAUGCCAACAGUACCGACUUCGACGUCAAGCCCGCCGGCACCACCCCAGCUCCGACCGCGUCAUCCGGAUCUGGCUCUGGCUCUGCCUCCGCGACGGGAACAGGUAGCUCCGCAUCUGGCUCCGCAUCCUCCACUUCUUCCACUUCGAGCGCGCCCCGCUCCUCCUCCGCCUCACUCGCGAUCCGGCUCUCGCUCACCUCUGCUCCCGGAACGCUCCACGCUCUGGGUGCGUGCGGGCUCGCUGCCCUCGCGGGUCUGUUGCUGUAACCAAUCCCUGCCCACGAUUUUUCACGCCCUACUUGUCGUCAUAGCUUUUCACUGUAAACAGUCCCGCCUUGUUGUUGUUGUCUGACUCGCUGUACUACGCCAUUGCGUAUCUGCCUAUCGUUUACAGCCUCCUCCUGUCUUUUCACUCGUAGUGUUCCAGUUUGGUCAGUGUUGGACUGCCAUUUUCCCCGUUGGGUCUUGUGAUUCUCUAUACCUCCUUCCCCCCCUGAAUGUUUCCCAUAGUCACGUCGCAAAUGUUAUGCUGUGUUGAAGUACUUAGGCAUACGUACGUACAUACAUAGUGUAUGUCUUAGAUGUCUCGUGAGCGGCAUAUAUACCCUUCCGUAUAUUCCUUU